GGCUCCGCCGCGGGGAGCGGCGCUUCGGGGCCGGGAAAGUCCGGCCCAGUCAUUCGGGGCGCGGGGGGUGAAGCCCCAAAAGCGCGUCCGUUCCGGUAAGGAAAGAGUCAAUGGCUGCGGCUCGCACACGCCACUUCCCCGAGCGGGGCUGACUCAUCCCGGGCUCGGUCCCGCUCCGCGGCACCCGCGCUCCGCUCCGGCCGCCCCGCAGCGCUGCCCGCUGCUCCGCCGGUCCCGUCCCGAACCCAAAAGCUGCGAUUUUCCCCCCAUGGAGAAGAACCAAGAGCCGCAAGGAGACCCCCGGGACCCCCCCAGCCCCGCCGAUGCACCAGGGGCCGGGGAUGGCGCCGAGAGGGACAAGGCGGUGGGAGAAGGUGGGGACAAGGACAAGGAGGACAAGGACGAGGAGGACAAGGAGAAGGAGGAAGAGGAGGCUUUCCUCGUCAGCCUCUACAAGUUCAUGAAGGAGCGGCACACGCCCAUCGAGAGGAUCCCGCACCUCGGCUUCAAGCAGAUUAACCUCUGGAAGAUCUACAAGGCCGUGGAGAAGCUGGGAGCCUACGAGCUGGUGACGGGCCGCCGGCUCUGGAAGAACGUCUACGACGAGCUCGGGGGCAGCCCCGGCAGCACCAGCGCGGCCACCUGCACCCGGCGCCACUACGAGAGGCUCGUCCUUCCCUACGUGCGGCACCUCAAGGGCGAGGAGGACAAACCGCUGCCCCCCAGCAAACCCCGGCGGCAGUACAAGGUCUCCAAGGACGACAAGAGCAAGAGGGCCAGGAAGGAGAAGGGCCGCGAGCAGGUGGCUCCGGACAAGGCGCGGCCGGAGGCGGCCGCCGGCGCGGAGGACGCGGCGGAGCGGGGCCGGGGGACAGACGGACGCUCCAGCCCGGCCGUGCCGGCCCCCAGCCCCUCGGGGAGGUGUGCCAGCCCCUGCAGGAGCCACAGCGAGACCUACAAGCGCCUCUUCUCCAGCUUCUACUCCAAAGGGAACCACCCCAUCAUGUCCCCGCUGGCCAAGAAGAAGCUGCUGGCGCAGGUGAGCGAGGCCGAGUCCUUGCACCGCCACAAGCGCCACUGCCCCGAGGGCCGCCGGGCACCGAGCGACAGCGGCCCCGAGCCGCCCGCGCUGCCCGGCCCCGGGCCGGCCGAGCAGAGGAGCCCGGAGCCCUGGGCAGCUCCGGACCGAGCUCCGGGCGAGGCGGGCCCGGCCCGCAGCGCAUCCCCGGCGGGCAGAGACAGCCAGGGCUGCCCGCAGGACGGCGGCGCGGCCCCCGCGGUAUUCACCGGCUACUUCCACGCCUACCGCAGCGAGGGCCCGCAGCCCGCCGGGGUUCCCCCGCUCUGGGGCUACUUCUCCGGCCUGAAGGAUUUUUUGGAGCAGCCCGCGGAGCUGCGGAGCCCGGCGGGGCGGCCGUGGGAGGGCCGGGCCGCCGCUGUCCAGGCCUGCUGGGUGCCCCCCGGGGCCACCUUCGGCCGGGCCGGCCACGGCCGCCACGAGGAGGAGGAGGAGGAAGAUGAUGAUGAUGAUGAUGAUGAGGAGGAGGACGAGGAGCCCUUCGGCGCCGCUGCCAAAUCACGCGCCGUGUCCCCCUUGGCCAGGGAGGGCAGGGACAGGCGGAGCCAAGCGCUGGCCAAACCCAAGGCCGUGGUGGCCACUCCGGCUUUCGCGGCGCCGCUGCCGCCGGACGCUUUCAAGGGAGCCGCGCUGCACUUCCCGGGCGGCUUCGGGAGCCCCCUGGAGCAGCUGAGAACCCAGGGCGUGCCGGUGGCCCCGGCGCUCUCCGUGAGCCCCGUGGUGAUCCCGGCCUUCCCCAGCCCUUUGGUGGUGGCCUCCGAGCUGUGCCGCCCGCUGGCCACCGGCGCCGGCCGCUCGCCCGCGUCCUACGGGAGCUCGCCGCGGUUGUACCCGGCGGCUCCGUGGCACGGGCAGCGCUCCUGCAGCUCCCCGCACGUCCCGGCCUUCCCGCACCACGGCAGGCCCUAGCGAGGGGACAGCGAGGGGACAGCGAGGGGACAGUCCGGGCUGGGAUUUGAUCGCCCAGCUCAGAGCCGUUCGUAGCCGGCGGCGGCUGCGCUGGGGGCGCCCCACGGUUCUAUUUUCUAUAUAUCCACAGAGAAAUCGAUAAAAAAAGGCAGCAAAA